AUGCCUGGUGUCCCCCACAAUGGUACUAACUCAAUACCCCCAGCCAAGGACGCUUUUAAGCAGGUGAAGAAGGGCCUUAAGCGUCUCUUCAGUCGUAAGAAGAACCGCGGCCAGGAGGAUCCCGACGUUGAAAACGAUGCCGCUGAUGUUGCUGUUCCUGGAACUGGCAACCUGACCCAGGCUGAGGCUGAGGCUCACGAAGCUCACGUCUCCGCUGGAGCUACCGUCGCUCAUGACGAGGGUCCGGCAAUCAAGAUCGUUGAACCCAACAUGCCCGUGGCUAAGGCUGCUGGCGAGUCUGAGUUCCCAGCUGCGGAGGCUGAGCCCUCGACCAAGGUCGUGGAUAUUGCCACCAAGACUGCAUCCCGAAAGCCCCCGGCUCGCUCGUCCCCCCUCUCAAUACCGACGCUGUGA